UGGUUUGCUCUUAAAUGCUCUGCGCGCUCUCGUCGGCAUUUUUGUAUUUGUCCCGUGUUGCUGCUGUCUGAAAAGUCUUGAAGUAGUGCCUUAAAUUCCAAGUCGUGUGCAAAAUUUUCUUGUUGAUAGCUCCAGUUGAAUGCUGAUAGAAAGUGAUAAAAAAAAAGUUAGACAUAGAGAAACUCAGGACUGAUUACUGACCCACAAGCCACUGCAGCAUCAAGAUGUCGUUCCGCGUGGUACGCAGCUCCAAAUUCCGCCACGUCUAUGGACAGGCCCUGAAGCGGGAACAGUGCUACGACAACAUACGCGUCUCCAAGUCAAGCUGGGACUCAACAUUCUGCGCGGUGAACCCCAAGUUCCUGGCCAUCAUCGUGGAAUCGGCGGGCGGCGGUGCCUUCAUAGUCUUGCCGCACAACAAAGUUGGGCGCAUAGCGGCGGAUCAUCCGCUGGUGGGCGGUCACAAAGGCCCUGUUCUGGACAUCGCCUGGUGUCCGCACAACGACAAUGUAAUCGCUUCCGGCUCAGAGGACUGUGUGGUCAAGGUGUGGCAGAUACCCGAUGGCGGACUCUCCCGCACACUCACCGAACCCGUCGUCGACCUGGUCUUCCACCAGCGCCGCGUCGGUCUGGUGCUGUGGCAUCCAUCGGCCCUCAAUGUGCUUCUAACCGCCGGCUCGGACAACCAAGUUGUCAUCUGGAAUGUGGGUACAGGCGAGAUCCUUGUGCACAUUGACUCCCAUCCGGAUAUCGUCUACAGUGCCUGCUUUAACUGGGACGGCGCUAAGCUGGUCACCACCUGCAAGGACAAGAAGAUUCGCAUCUACGACCCGCGCACUGGCGAGCUGGAGAGCGAGGCCAUGUGUCACGAGGGCUCAAAGGCCACGCGGGCCAUCUUCCUGCGACACGGCCUGAUCUUCACGACGGGCUUCAACCGAAGCUCUGAGCGUCAAUACUCCCUCCGCGCCCCGGAUGCCCUCAAUGAGCCCAUCGUAAUGGUGGAACUGGACACUUCCAACGGCGUCAUGUUUCCGCUCUACGAUGCGGACACGAAUCUGAUCUACCUGUGCGGAAAGGGUGACUCGGUCAUCAGGUACUUUGAGGUCACGCCCGAGCCCCCAUUCGUGCACUACAUCAACACUUUUCAGACCACAGAACCACAGCGUGGUAUUGGCUUGAUGCCGAAACGCGGCUGUGACGUCACCACCUGCGAGGUUGCCAAGUUCUAUCGCAUGAACAACAACGGUCUGUGCCAGGUGAUAUCGAUGACUGUGCCGCGCAAAUCGGAUCUCUUCCAGGAGGAUCUCUAUCCCGACACGCUGGCCGAGGAUGCUGCCAUUAGCGCUGAGGAAUGGAUUGACGGCAAGGACGCGGACCCCAUCACAUUCUCGCUCAAAGAUCGCGUUUCCAUUGUACAGGGUGGCUACGUCUCGUCGUCGGCAAGCAAAUCUCUGUCGGUAAACAAGAAGGUCAACAUUCUCAACAAGCCCAGAGGUGGCGGCGGCGGCAGCUCCGGAGCAGCUAGCAGUAGUGCGGGCGGCGGCGGCUACAGCUCGUCGGCGAACAACAACGAGGCUAGCGAUGCCGGCCCGCCGGCAGCCGUCUUGUCGGAAAAGGACCUGCGCAGCAUUCAGGACGAGAUACGCAAACUGAAGGCGAUCAUCGUGAAGCAGGAGAACCGCAUUCGUGCCUUGGAGGCCAAGGUCAAUGCCGGAAAUGGGGAUGAAACGGACGCCCGCAACAAGAAUGGAAGCGGCAGUGGAUCGUCCGCGCCAGCAGCCGCCGCCGCCUGUGACAGCAAAGCCAGCGAAAGUGCCAAUGACCAUGCAUCCGCGUCAGCGGCAACGGCAGCGGCACAGGAAGCGGACUAGGCCGUGGACUACCAUGACUAGGACUGGACUGGAGAAGAGAUAGAACUGCUUGUAGAAGCUCGUCGUUACCGCUUAGUUUCACUAAAACGCGGAGGGAGAAUCAGAGGAAGAAAUGAGAAGAGUUAUUGUCUAUAUUGUCUAUUAUGAUUAUGGUUUCGAUUAUUUAUUUUGUAUAAUUUAAUAUUAGGACCUUAGCGAGCGAAAUCAGUGGAGCGUGCGGCACAGAUAGGGUUAGAGCAAACCAAACCGAGCAUCAGAUUAAUCACCAGCGAAUACGGAGCUGAAACAGUUAACAUAACAUAAUUAACAUUACAUCCUGCCAAAAAUAUAUAAAAUCUUAACGAACUACCUACGAGACGCGCCCACCAUCAAGCUGAAUAAGGGGCAGAUCGGACGAAGGGGCCCUUCGAUCACCUUGUUGCAACGCAAUUGUAAAAUUGUUGUAACUUUAACAAAGGCAAAACAUAGACUUAACCUCAAGCCUCUAUAGCGUUAACAUUUUCCUACCAAUUUUGUACGAGCCCCCUCUAACGCGAUGCAAUUAGAAAAGGUAGUCUUGCCGACUUCCAAAUCGGAACUAGGGGCUACUUGUAAAAUUGUAUCAUGACCUCUAUAAACAGCCUGUAUAUUUGUAACACCCGCGAAAGGAAAGCUAUCAUGACAAUAGCCGUUAGAUUCGAUGCUGUCCAUCCUAGCCCAGGCCCCUACUAUCGUCGCCUGUAUUAAUUAUGAAUUUAGUUACAAACUGAUGGGGGCCGUCGGAAGCCAUUCGUUUUUGUAUUCAAAAUUUUACGCCUUUCGUUCUAACUAAUAAUGAAAUGUAUUUUUGAAUAAUACUUAAAAAAUACAACUUGAACAAUUGAAUAAACCAGCGAAAAUAUUUUGUAAAGAAUUUCAUUUCAAUUUUUGGCUUAACUUAAAUGUGACUUGUUAUAAAAAAAAUCAUAAAAAUUAAAAACAUUGUUUUAUGCUGCCAAGAACGGAAGCAGCGCGAGAGUAUCAAUAAAUUGCCUACCGAUUUUGUAACACUAUUAAAUUGUAAAGUGCAGACUAUAUACACAUGUAUAAAUAAUAUAUUAUAUAUACAAAUAAUUUACAAUUUGAUACGAACUAAAUUAAUAUACAAACUGCGGCAGAGGAAACACAGGGUUCUGCCGAUUUCAUGACAAUAAAAAGCCAUGAUUUCUUACAAAGUC